GCAGUCGCAGACGCCAGCCAGUGAAGCCGUUACAGACAUUAUUGACAGCAUGAUGCAUGAGACCGAUUCACGGUACCACGACAGCGACGAUGAGUUCGGGAUGAAUAGUAACCUUAGCCAGGCAGGUGGGUUUGCCGAGGCUACAUCACAGCAGUGCUCGCCAGCACCUCCUCUCAGCAGUGGUGGGCUGCCUGCAGAAACAGCAACCUCAAGGCCAUCGGGCAGCCAAAACAGAGAAGAUGCUUUCAUGGACCAAGGCUCAGGAGCUGAGCCAGUUGUUCGCCGUCGCCAAAGUGGUCGUCUUGCUGCUGUCGACACAGCAUUAUCGACGGAGCUGGAGGCUCGCCUUCGUGCUGUAGACGACGAGAGAAAUCAAAGACGUAUUGAACACGAGGCCAGGAUGAAAAUGAUAUCAGGCGAACAUGCUUUGAAGAUGCAGCAAUAUGCCGAUGAACGACGCAAACGGAGUGCGCUGCACAGAAUGAAGGUGCGUGUUCUAAAAGCUAAAGAGAAGGUACAAAACUUCAAACAAGCAAUUCUAAAAAAGCAGCUCGAACUCCUCAGGCCAGGAGGCAUUGCUGAAUGUGACCUCGUUCCACAAGACUAAAGGCAUUUUUUUUUCAGAGGCGGCAGCAAUAAUAAACCUAGCCACAAGCCAUAUAAAUGAAUAAAGUCAAUUUCAUUUAUCCUGAAGAAUCGCCACUGUCUGAUAUGCGAACACUUCUCCACUUUUAAUUACGCAGCACAGAUCGCAG